UAAUGAUUCGGGGAAAAUGUUUCUUGGAUCACGGAGACUGAUUGCUAGCAUGAGUGGAAUAAAUAAAACAUGAAUUUUCAACUUAACUUCUGACAGUGUUAAUUAAUUCCCAUCAACCAAAAAACUGACACGCAUCUUAAUUAUAGGUACUGCUUUUAUGAGAAAAGAAAAGGUUAUAUGCCCUUUUUAGUGCUCAAAUUUUCAUAUAAAGGAUAAUGAUAGUCCCACUUUCAUGAUUUAUAUAUGUUAAAGAAAGUUAAACCAUAAAAAAAAUGUUAACAAAGUUGUAUGGAAUGUUUGAUAGGACUUUCGAGUUUCACACAUGCUUUGGAAUUCUCGUCUAUAGACCGUGAAAGGGUUCUACAUAUUUAAGUAUUUGUUUUGUAUUUCAUUUUAGUUCUGAUAAUUUUUUCUGUUCAAAAAUUGAGAGGAGUGCAAAGAGUAAUAGAAGGGGAAGUGUGAAUAGCAUGGACCUGUUUAGUAAAUAGAUCAAAGGAGCCCAUAUAGUAGCUGGGCGACAAGAAGAAUAUAGUUUGCAGGCUAUUGCUUCCUGCACCCCCCCCCCACAAUACUAUGAAAAGACAUAAACAAAAUAAGAAAAUGAAGAAAAAGAGACGGAGAAAAGCUGCAUAUAAAGAAAAGAAACAAAAUAAGAAAAUGAAGAAAAAAACCUAUUCUGAUUUUUUUUUUCAGAAUAUAUUUCAUAUAUGGGUAUUCCGGAUAAUUCAUUAUACGGAAUAUAUUUUAUGGGUUUCGAAUAAUUCUUUUCAAAAAUUCCAUUUCAAAAAAUUUAUUUCAGAACAUAUUUAUGUGUUUGAAAAUUUUGCUUCAAAAAUUAUAUUUUGAACAUUAAAAUGUUGUUUCGGUAGUUUCGAAAAGCUAAUUUCAGAAAAUUUCCCAAGUAUGUAAUGUGGAAGUAACUUUUUCAAAAGUAAAAUGAUUAUUUGAAAGUUUGAGGAGUCGCAGGAAGUAAAAGGCUAGUUUGCAGUGGUAAAUAGAAAAUUAAAAGGAAAUAACCCACACAAACCUGUCCGUAGAGAAAUAUCCUGUUAUGACGGGUAGAUAGAUGGCUAGAUCUGGAAGAGAAGAAAAAUCACAUAAAAUCCUAGAAAAAGGGCUGAAGAGAAUCUGUAAAUUUGUAUCCCUUAAUUCUUACGCGGCCAUUGAAAAAAUGAUUAGAAAUUUCACAUUAUUAUGGUAGAGACACAGAAGCCAGUUUUGAUUUUAGAGUGUCAUCACAUGUUCCUGUUCCAAGCAUGGAACUGAACUCUUCUUGCACUUGUUGCGGGAAAACUAUGAAACACCAGAAUCAAACAGACAAAUGACAUCUACCCAACACUUACUAGCAAUUACAUUGCAGUUUGCCACACCAUGACAUUAAGUUAUGAACUUGCAUCAGUCAGGAAUACAAGUCUUAUAUUAAAUAAAAAUAAGAAAAAUCAAGAAUUCAUGCAAAGUUUAGUAGGAUUUAAGGUAACAUGAACUUUUAUUCUGCAGAAGUUGAGUCUGUGGAAUGAAACAACGUUGGUUUUAACUUUUUAACUUACCUACUACAAUCCCUGAUACAACUCAUUACCCUGAUAAUGACCUCCACAAUGUUCAGUAUCUGAAGUUUAACAUGUACCGGAACUCUCGCUGUUGGCUUGAGUGUUUUCAAAGCUAAUUUAUCUUUCAUACUGAACACAAGUUUACACAAUUAAAGUAUAUAUAUAUAUAUAUAACUUUUUCCCCUUUCUUAUUUUGGUCAUACUUAUGGUCUUUAAGCACUUGGAAAGGGCAAUUCAAUUGUCAAAGAAUGAUGCAACGAUUAGCAUAAUAAGUUGUGUAGAGUUUUGGUAUAUUUUCCACUGGGGAUAGAAGUGGUUAAUGGUUAGAUUGAUUGGUUCACCCUUUCUCUUUGACCUUUGUGAAGGCUACCUAUCCUUUUGUUUUUAUUUUGGUAUAUUUUUCCCUUUCGACAAUUUUAAAAUAUCUCAAGCCUUUUGAAGUUUUUCGUCGUUAUUUCUGAAACUGAGGCCUAGACCAAGGAGAUGUAUUUGAUGGAUUUAUUAGGAUUCUAUGAAUACUAAAUUCUUAGUAUCCUCGGUCAGGAAGCUAUCCUUGAUUACCACAUUAAAAAUUGCAAAGGAGAGUCUAUUGUCGGGCUGCCAUGUUUGAAGUUGACAUCUUAACAACAACAAUAGAGAAAAGUGUGACCUACCAGAAACUGGGAAAUGUAUCAAUUGAAUAAACAAAGAAAACCGUCUAAUGUGCUAAAAGAUUCGAUAAUAUGGAAUUGUUGGUUUUGCACCUGGCAAAUUAUGUCAAAUUGUAAGACCUUCACUGGAAUGCUCAUCAACAGCUAUACAAAAAUAAGUGUACGACUAAAUGGCUAUGGAGACAAAAUAGAGAUUGGAUACAUGUUUGUAAGGGGUUGGAGAAGUGUUGGGUAACAUUGAAGUCUAUAGGUAGUCGAGUUUCUUGACAUCUAAUCAAUUGAAAAUAGGACAACAAUUAUAAUUAUGACAUAAAAAUAUUGUAACAGCAAAUAAAAUAAAAGUCAUUCAUGCAUGUAGUAUUACUCUGCCAAGGGGCAAUAUGGCAUGGCAUCCCAAUUCAGAAAGAGGUCUAGAAGUCAAGGAAUCUUUCUAUGUUUUUUUUUUUCUAAGGGUAGUUAGGACUUGGGAGAAUGUAUGUGCUACAAACUUCUCACCCUUCAUAUACUUUUUUAAUAUUAUCAGUUAAGUCAUUUUCUAUGUUGUCUUUAUAAUUCCCUAGGCUUAAGAGCAAAGGAAGUGGUUUUGUUCAGAGUAUUGCACAUACAUACACAUACUGGUUUUUCUAAAUGAGUUCUAAAAAGAUUACAUGGAAGUCUAUUGUGUUGAUCUUAAACUGUUACAAGACUCAAAGUUCCUUACAGGAAUCAGAGAAACAGGUUUUGAAACAAGGUUCUUUCCAAAGGUUAUGCCUCUCGGAUAUAAGCAUUCCUAGCUCCCCUCAGGCCAUUGAAGAUCUUUCCAUUUCCCUUGUUGGCCCAAAGCUUUACACAUUCACCCUAGAGGAGCUAAGGGAAGCAACACAUAAUUUCUCAUGGAGUAAUCUUCUGGGUGAAGGAGGGUUCGGACCUGUGUACAAAGGUUUUGUUGAUGACAAACUUAGGCCUGGUUUGAAGGCUCAGUCUGUAGCAGUGAAACAACUGAACUUGGAUGGCUUCCAAGGUCACAGGGAGUGGCUGGCGGAGAUUAUAUUUCUUGGACAGCUGAGGCAUCCACAUCUUGUUAAGUUAAUUGGCUACUGUUGUGAGGAGGAGCACAGGCUUCUUGUGUAUGAAUACAUGGCUAGAGGCAGCUUGGAGAAUCAACUAUUCAGAAGAUACUCUGCUGCCUUGCCAUGGUCAACCAGGAUGAAGAUUUCAUUGGGUGCAGCUAAGGGUCUGGCCUUCCUUCACGAAGCAGAUAAACCUGUAAUAUACAGAGAUUUCAAAACUUCAAACAUCUUACUUGACUCGGAUUACACGGCUAAAUUAUCAGAUCUUGGGCUAGCAAAAGAUGGUCCUGAAGGGGAAGACACACAUGUAACGACAACAUGCAUAAUGGGAACCCGAGGCUAUGCUGCCCCUGAGUACAUCAUGUCAGGUCACCUUUCCACCAAGAGUGAUGUGUAUAGCUAUGGAGUGGUUUUGUUGGAAUUGCUUACAGGAAGAAGGGUAGUGGAUAAGUGCCGACCCAAUAGAGAACGAACCCUUGUGGAAUGGGCAAGGCCUCUUUUGAGAGAUCAAAGAAAGUUGCACCAUAUAAUAGACCCUAGAUUAGAAGGGCAGUUUCCUAGGAAAGGAGCUUUGAAGGUUGCUGCAUUGACCUAUAAAUGUUUGAGCCACCACCCCUAUCCAAGGCCAGCUAUGAGUGAUGUGGUUAAGAUACUAGAGUCUCUUCAGGAUUUUGACGAUGUGAUCAUAGGACCAUUUGUGUAUGUUGCAGUGACUGAAAGUAGCCAAUGAGAUGCUACUGUCAAAGGGCAUGAAGGAGUCCUUGGUCUGUGUUAACACCAGCUCAUCAGCAACGUAGAUAAAAUAUAGUAGAUAGAAAAACAAAUGAUGCAAUAGUUGAUGAAAAUCUUGUUUUUUCCAUUUUUAGUUUGUAAGGCAUGGUCUACAGAAAAGCAAAGUGUAAGUAACUAUGUAGUAAAGUCUGAUUCUGUCAGAAAU